ACUGCCAGUCUCUCCCGUGAAGUCGACCGAACGUCUGGCAUGCCGACUGCCAUACGACGCGGGAAAUAUGGGGGCGGCGAACAACGGCUCGAUCCUGUGCGUGGACGGUCUCAUGCUGCCCUGUUGGCAACCUCUAGACGGUGUAACUUUCAUAGACCGAGCUGGACGCGGACUAGUAUACUUCCUAACACUCGCUUACUUAUUCAUCGGCGUUUCAAUUAUUUCAGACAGAUUUAUGGCAGCUAUAGAAGUUAUUACAUCUCAAGAAAAAGAACUGUCAGUAAGGAAACCGAACGGAGAUACGCAAAUUGUUGUAGUAAGAAUGUGGAAUGAGACCGUAGCUAAUUUAACUUUAAUGGCUUUGGGUUCUAGCGCUCCUGAAAUUCUUCUUUCAGUUAUAGAAAUUUAUGCAAAGAAUUUCGAAGCUGGUGAUCUUGGUCCAGGUACAAUAGUAGGUUCAGCUGCUUAUAACCUAUUAGUUAUCAUAGCUAUUUGUGUUUCCGUUAUUCCAAAUGGAGAAGUGCGAAAAAUUAAACAUUUGGGUGUCUUCUUUGUGACAGCUACUUGGUCUGUGUUCGCUUACAUAUGGUUAUAUCUCAUCCUUUGUGUUUUUUCUCCGGAAAUCAUCGAAAUUUGGGAAGGGUUAUUAACAUUCUCGUUUUUCCCUUUAACUGUAUUAACAGCCUACGCGGCUGAUAGAAAAAUUCAUAAGUAUAUGACGAAAGAUUACAGGAUGAACAGAAGAGGAGUUAUAGUACAAGCUGAAGGGGAAAAUCUAGAAUUGGGUAACACUGAAUUAUUGGCUUUGGAUGAUGUUAACGAAGAUAUAAAACAAGAAUAUAUCACUACUUUAAAAGAUCUGAGGCAACAAAAUCCGCACGCGGAUUUAGGUGUACUUGAAAAGAUGGCCCACGAAAUGCUUUUGAAUCGAGGUCCAAAGUCUAGAGCUUUCUAUCGAAUCCAAGCAACGAGAAAAUUAAUGGGAAGCGGUGAUUUACUGCGAAGGAUAUCAGAAAGAGCACAAAGCGACUUAAGUGAAGUAAAAGCAGAGUUACAAAGAGAAUCGGGUGCUGCUGAAUACAAUCAAACUGCUUGCAGGGUAUUUUUUGAACCUUCAAAGUACACGGUAUUAGAAAGUUGCGGAAGAUUCGAAGUAAGAAUUGUCAGAGUUGGUAAUACUGAUUGCCCAUUAACUGUAGAGUAUACCACCGAAGAUGGUACAGCUCAAGCUGGAAGUGACUAUGUUAAAGCUAAGGGCAGUUUGCAGUUUGGACCAGGAGAAAAAGAGAAAAGAUGCAAAUCAUGCGAUUUAUCAAGAAAAAAGAAAUCGUAUAUAAUUUUUCAACCUUACAAGACAGUAAAGGCUUUGGUAAUAUUUAUCAUUGGGCCCCAAAAAUGUAUAAUCCGCUUAGAAGUUAUUGACGACGAUGUCUUCGAACCCGACGAACAUUUUUAUAUCCGCUUAUCGUCAUCCCAACCCACAGACAGUCUAGGAAGCCCGGUCUUGGCAACUGUUAUCAUACUGGACGAUGACCAUGGGGGUUUGUUCAAAUUUGAAGCACAGAACCACGAGUUAGUCGAAAGUGUCGGCCAGUACGAAUUGAAAGUCGUUAGAUGUUCAGGAGCUCGAGGAAAAGUUAUAAUUCCCUAUUGGACGGAAGAUGGUACUGCUAAACAAGGAAAGGAAUACGAGAAGCAAGAGGGACAAUUGGUAUUCGAAAAUAAUGAAUCCGAGAAAAGCAUCCUGCUGAAAAUAAUAGAGGAAGAUAGCUAUGAAAAAGACGUGCUUUUCUACGUACAGUUAGGGGAGCCUCAAAUGACUGGCGACGAAUUAGCCAACUUAGCAGAAGAAGCGGCAAAGAAGAAUCCAGAAGAUAGAACCGAACGAGAGAAAAUCGCCAUUUUGGGAAAGCCCCGAUUGGGAGAUAUAACACGUGCUCAAAUUAGGAUCAAGGAAAGUAAAGAGUUCAAGAAUACGGUCGAUAAAUUAGUUCAACGUGCCAACGCAUCGCUAUUAAUAGGAACCUCCUCUUGGAAAGAGCAGUUCAUGGAGGCUUUAACCGUUAGUUCCAGUGAUGAUGCUUUAGAUGAUAAAGAUCCUUCAGGAUUAGACUACGCCUUGCAUUUUCUCACUAUUUUUUGGAAAAUACUAUUUGCGUUUGUUCCACCAACUGAUAUUUUUAGAGGAUACCUCUGUUUUGUGGUAUCCAUUUUCUGUAUAGGACUAGUUACAGCAGUUAUAGGAGAUGCAGCUUCACAUUUCGGAGCUACAUUAGGAAUCAAAGACGCAGUUACUGCCAUAGUAUUUGUUGCUUUAGGCACUAGUAUUCCAGACACAUUCGCCAGUAAAGUAGCUGCCAUACAAGAUAAGCACGCAGACGCUAGUGUAGGUAACGUGACUGGCAGCAAUGCAGUUAACGUAUUUCUAGGAAUAGGUGUAGCGUGGUCCAUAGCCGCGAUUUAUCACCACGUCAAUGGAAAUGUCUUCCACGUAGAUCCUGGCAAUCUUGCCUUUUCUGUCACAAUUUUUUGCACGGAAGCAGCUUUGGUAAUUAUUGUCCUAGUUCUUCGCAGAUCGAAGUACAUCGGUGGAGAGUUGGGGGGGCCUACUUACAUAAAAUACUUUACGUCUGCUGUCUUUUUUAGUCUAUGGAUCGUCUACCUCAUCAUGUCAUCGUUAGAAGUCUACGGAGUCAUACAUGGGUUUUAAAUUAUUUCAACAAAAUAUAAAUAUGUCUUUUAAAAGGUCAUCUACGUUUUAUUGAAAAUACGGUUCUCUUCUUAGCGAUACGGUUAAACCAACACAUUUCGUAUUUUAAAUUUUGUAUAAACUUUAAUUUGAAUAAUAUUAUAUAGAUAACAAAAUUUGUUCAUAUUCAAAAACUACAGAACUAAUUUUUUGACAGCACCUCAAAAUGAUGCUAUCCAAAUAACGACAGUAUACUAAUGAUCAUUUUGACAGCUACUGCCAAAAUGAAAUAUCUACGUAUUUAAACACUCAAAGUAAGGUAUAUGCAGCCAAUAAGGCCAAGUUGGCAAUAUGGUUAAUUCCUCAUAGCUCGAUAACUACCUAAGGCCUCGAUCUCCUAUUAAAUGCUGUAUGCGGCAUCCGACUUGAACGUAAACGUUCCGAUCAAUGACUGAACGCCAGGCACAGCGUCAGUAGUCAAUAGAUCUCAUACGCGAACGACGAUGUCUCGUUCACAACAGUAGUCGACAAAUAGUGUAGUCGUGUGAUAUCAAAUUGAUUUAAAUUCAACACUUUUGGCAGCACUUAUGUUACUUGAAGAGACGGCAAAAGACAACUGCAUAAAAAUCAGAGCAACAAGACACCGAUUAUUUAUGGGGAGGAAGAAAGAAGAAUGUUUCCAGAUUUUGAUAAUGAAACACUUAAAAGACAACAAUUAAGAACAAUUCAAACAUAUUGUAGAACUUGUACGGGAAUGUAUAAUAAAAGUGCCACCAAAAAUGCAUCUUAUGUCCAUAUCACCUGAAGGAAAAGCUGCUUGUCACUUUUAUGUAUAAUGCACAAUAACAUUGAACUUAUUCAAUCAAUAAUUAUUUUUUUUCUUAUCGAAUUUCGACAUUUUGUGUUUACGCCAGAUACUACGUUUACUCUGCAAUGGUUCAAAAUAACUAGAGACGCGGCGUAGAGCGUUUGAAUGGCGCCUACGGUGUCCACACGCCAAAGUCAUCGUUUGAAAGGGACCACAACAGUACAUUUCUAUAGUAAACAUCGAGACGCCACGUAC